CAGAACGAUGUGAAAAGCCAUGAAAAUGUUGUCUGAUGUGAAUUUUCUGCAUUAUUUGCUCUUCGUUGGGGCUUCUCUAAGUCUUUUGCCCCAUGUCAGCUGCCUGGUUGUUAGCACGUACAACCUGUGGAACGUUAUGUUCCAUUGGGAGGUCAGAAAACUGAGGAUUGUAGAAAUGAUAGAAGAGAUCAAACCUGAUGUGAUAGCGUUCCAAGAAGUCCGAGCAGAUAUUAGCGGGAUGAGGAAUCAGCUUCAUCAACUACAAGCACUGUUGCCAGCGUAUAAAUGGCGGCAUUUCCACAUUGCUAGCCAGGUGUCGGAGCUGCCAAGACAAGGAAGCUACCUCAAGGGAUGGGAAAUAGAAGGUGUUGGUCUUUUAAGUAGACAUCCGAUCAUCAAAUCAACAGCCCAGACAUUGUCGUACAAAAAAGGUCCAGACAAGAACAAGCGGGUUGUGAUCCAUGCAGCCAUCAAUGUCGAUUUUGUGGGCAUAUUCAAUAUUGCUGUAGGACAUUUCUCUUAUGAUCGUCAUCAGCAGUGUCUCAAUGCUGCUGAGCUUAAGAAAUAUGUUGUAGAGAAAAAAUUGGAAAAUGUGAUAGUCCUGGGCGAUUUCAACACAUAUCCUGAUUUUGAGGGCCCAAUGGAUGUGCUAACCAAUGAAAAGGUUUGGAGCAAGUGUCAGAAUGUUGCCCGGGAUGUGCUGCAUGGUGCGAAGCGGAGGGUGCUACUGUAUGAUGCCUGGGCCCAGUGCAAGGAUCCCAAUGAAGGUCUAACCUUUAGUAAUAUGCCGACUCCUGGGCUAGAGAGCCGUCCAGACCGGACCUUUAUUACAGGCAACAUGAAAGUUUUAUCGUGCAAUCGAAGCGGAGAUGCAGUUCACUACACAAAGUUUUAUUACAACGCCGUAUUGUGGCAGAGACUCAAAAACGUUGUUCACGCAACGAAAUCUGCAUAUCAUGGAAAAGUUGGGCGAACAUGCCCGCAUGAUUGCGGUCCGCGGGCCUCUUGUCGAUGCGGUGUCUGUGUAGCAGGCAGUAACAGAAAUACUUGUGAUAUACCUGAUUGCAGCGAGUGCAGUGCUGAUAUUUACAAAUAUAUUUACAUAUACAUUAUUGUUAUUCCCAGUUUAAUUGUCCAAUUCCUCUAUGCAGCUGUGAAAUCCAUUAUUGUCCUCAAGGAGAGAAAACAGGCCAUAUUUCAAGCUGUUGGGUGCUACUGUUGUUUAUGUUAUGCAAGGUGCCCAAAGUGUAUAGCUAAGUCAUUCCGAAAGUUGGAUCAUUCAAUUUUCAUCAAAAUGUGGCCAUUCUGCCAGUUGCCUGCCCUCCCUCUUAUGUUCUUCACAGCUUUUCUUCUCAUGGUUUGCAUCGUAGAUGUUAUGAACAGAUUUUCUCAGUUUUAUCAUACUGUAAUGAUGAUGUUGCCCGAGGAACUCAACCCCUCUGAUCACAUGAUGCUGACAUUUGAAAUCAGAUUAUUGCUGCCCUGAGAAAGUUGCCAGGUACUGAGAAAAGAUGACAUUUUUCUUGUGCUUUAUUUUCACCUGAAAUAAGUCAAAAUUUCAGCAUUCAGAAGUGGUGCAGAAGGUAGGUUAGUGCGAUUGACCAAUCAGAUUUUGAGCGUCUACUAGAACAUUACUAGGGGGUGACUGUAAUUGAUGGUAAAAAGCGCUAAGGCGCCCUCCCUUUCUCAGACUCUUGGUGCUAGGAGACAGCGACUCAGGGCGGGACAGCCUGGUUAGAUCUGUUUGUUAGGGAAAGCUGCGUUAGGUCUGAUUUCAUGCUUGGCGAAAUUUUAUUGAGAUUACUGUAGUUGUUGGGAGACGUUUCUGGAUUAGUCUAGUCUCCAUUAUGAGAUUUAUUGCAUUUAUUGCCAUUUACUACUUCCCUGUUUUCUCUGUAUUUUUACUAACAAAAAUGUUAAAAUGUUCUCUUUAAUUCAUUUCUUCCAAGUUCAAGUUGUAGCUAUUUCACUGCUGAAUGCAUGCUUAUGUAAAUAAUAUGCUAUUAUAAGUUGUACGAGGUGUUAAAAAGGCAUUUUCUCUGUAGAGAGUAUAAAGUGAAUCAUUGCAAUACACCAAAGGAAACAAAACUAAAAUUUCUAACUUUCCUUGAGUUUACCCACCAAGCUCUUCUAGACCAUCUAGAUUCCAAUGCAACAAUGUAAUGUUCAUUUGAUAUUUAUAUGCUUUAUUUGACAAUAUUUUUAACACCUUGUGCAACUAUUGUUAAACCAUAUUCUGAUGUUAAGCUGUACAUACCAGUUUGCCAUUUACCUUUUGCAAUGUUGUUGAAAUAUUUCAGAUUUUCACUUUUUUAUCCUUCCACUUUGAUCAUUGUGCAUAUAUUUAAUCAGAAUUUUAAUCAGAUAAAUGAGGCAUUGAAUAAAUGUCUGAACUCCUGAUGGUUUAUUCCAGUCUGGCCAACAGUUUUAGUGCCAUGUUUUCUUAUUUGGAGAUAUCAGGUAAAAGCAGGAAUAGUGCAAACUUUUGUCAGGCAGGUCAAGCCUGAAAAAGUGUUUUAUUGGCACAAGUCAAACUAUGGGAUCACAACCAGGGUUGAUCUUUCAGUCAGGAAUGAAUUGUUUAGUAUGACCUUAUUCAUUAGGAGCAUAAUGUUGGGCUGGCACUCCAACACUGCGAGAGGUGGUAAGCGCACAGUGUGAGGGGAGUGUAUUUUAGGUCCACUUUUCAGGUGUGUUUUUUUUGACCAAUCCAUUCUCUGACUCUUUAUUUAUUUACUGUUGAAACAGAUUCUGGUUGUGCAUCUCAGAUUGGUAUCUGAUGACCCUGUUUGCAGAUCUUCAAGGUCCCAUUCAUUGUUACGACUGUUGGCCCAUUAUCCUGGGAACACCACCAUUGAGAUUGCAAAUACUGCUAUAAUUGUUGGUGAACUGAGAUUUGUGUGUAUUUUAUAGGAUAAAUGAGAUUUCCGUUCAUCAUGAAAUCUCUAUAAUCCAAUUUUUACUAUUAUUCGUUGUUACAUUUUUCCAGUGUGGACCAUAAUUGACAGAAGUAUAUUUUAAGGAGUUUUACAAUUUUAUUGUUGUCAAAACUAACCACCCUAUAUGAGAAUACUGGAAUACUCAUAUCAUGCUUUUGAGAACAUUCACUUUAUCAAAAUUAUUCAAAAGUUUAAAAGUUCUCUGAUUUUGGUCACAAAUAGAUAAUUUCUUGUUAUUUAGUUUGUUGUCUGAUAUAGUAGUCAGAACAUGAAACAAGAAAAAUAUGAAUCAGAAUUUUUAUGCGUUGUAAAGUUACAAUUAUAAAAAAAGAAUAUGAAUCAAACUCUUAAGUACACCAAUAUUCUGCAGGACUGAGUGGUUUAAUUACAAAAGGAAUUUCUCAAAAAAAAAUCAUAGGACCUCUAGUUUUCAGUUCAAGAACACACUUUUUUCAUAUGGAAUUUAGAUAUGGGACAAAAAAUACAGUAUUCCUCAUAUUGCAUUUUAAUUUAAUCCUCCCCUUGGCCUGUUUACUUCCUUUUAAUGGAGUGUUAGCAUUUUCUCAACAUUUUGA